AGGCUACAGAAUAUCACGAUUGGCAGGGUUGCGAUCGAUCUUGUAAAAAUAAGCGCUCGACUUGCUAAACGAGAACCCCGGAUUUAAGUAUGGCGGCAUACAAUUGGUCCGGAAGACGGCCGAGUCGGAUAAAUGGGAUCAUGGCGCAUUGUUACGUGCGCAACAACAUCAUUCGUUUCUGCAUGGCGUACAUCCCGAUCCAAUAUUGUUUCCGACAACUUAUCAGAGAUCGAGACGUGAGUGUCAUGGGUAUAUAAGCCUCAAGUGGUCGCUAUUGUUCAGGAGCAUGACUUGAAACUCAACUUCAAUCAACCAACGAGAUAAUAAAAUCACUGCCCAAUAUUAGCAAACCCUCAGGAUCAAUCCCAAAUCAGAAGGAAAAUAGUGUCAAUAUGCCUUCAAAACCCAUUUUUGAGCCAUCUAAAACAGUGCCAAAAUCGGUGUUAGCAUCUGGUACCGGCGGUUCCAGUGUUGUAUAUUUUGACUAUCCAACCAAUGUACGGGAGGUACUAACACUCCCCAGAUAAUCCGAGACCAACUCUCACUUUCAACUUGGUUGGUCAUUGGUGCCUCUGCAUAUGCACUCAUAUCAAUUCUCUUACCCAAGAGUGCAAACUAUCUGGCCGGAUGUCUGUUCGCAUUUCUAGUAUACAGCCUCGGCAGCACAGCCAUGCAAAUAUACGGCCUCAUUCCUAAUCCUGAAAUGGCAAAGGUUAUACCCGGUAGAACGACUGCACAGAUACCUGAUAUGAAUGGGACUAUGCCCGCGGAACCAAGUAAAGAGAGCAUUGUGGUUUUACUUCUGGGAUUCAAGUCGAACCGCCCCUUGCGAAUGCUAAGUUCCGGCUUCAAAGAAACAAGCGACCACUUCAUGGCCAUGCUCCAAUCUUUCGACAGCCCGGAAGGCCGCGAAGAGUUCGGCUUUCUAGGUGGAAGCUCGUACCUUGGGAGCUCAGGCCAAGCGUCGAAUGAGAUAGUAACCAUCAGUUACUGGAGAGGCAUUGAAGGCCUUCAUGCCUUUGCCGAAAGUCCGAUUCAUCGUCAGGGCUGGGACUGGUGGAAUCGAACGGUCAAGGAACAUCCACACCUAUUCAUCUUUCAUGAGAUUUAUAAGGCGGAGGGAAAGAGCCAUGAUAAUAUAUAUUUCAACGCACAACCUACGCUGAUUGGUGGCACUGCAUUCCCGGUCAAAUCGAAUGACAAAGUUGAACGGCAGUGGGUGAAUCCGCUUGUUGACGCUAAUAGAGGUAUUUUAGCGACGAGUCGAGGACGUUUAGGUCUUCGUGGUCAUGACUGA